UAUGAUAAUACAGGGUUGAGUGAGGUGGAAGGGGAUAUAGGGGAGGAAUCUUGAAAGUGCAAGGCAUGUAUUGAAAUAAUAAUUAAUUGUGGGGCUUGAAAAUUAAAAGGGAAAAAAUUAUUUGUCUUGUGUAUAUCUGCUAUUUUCACUCAUAGAUGUCUGAACCAUUUUGCUUCUCUCACCUGCACAAGCAACUCAUUGCUUCUCCGUCUGAAAAGUGGCUCCUGAGAAAGGGUGAAAAAUAGAGGGCAAAUCAUGUCUUCACCAAGCAAACGCAGAGAGAUGGACUUGAUGAAACUGAUGAUGAGUGAUUACAAGGUGGAGAUGAUCAAUGAUGGCAUGCAAGAGUUCUAUGUGCAUUUCCAUGGACCCAGUGACAGUCCUUAUCAUGGAGGUGUUUGGAGGAUUAGAGUUGAGCUUCCAGAUGCUUAUCCUUACAAAUCUCCCUCAAUUGGCUUUGUUAAUAAGAUCUACCACCCAAAUGUUGAUGAAAUGUCCGGAUCAGUGUGUUUAGAUGUUAUCAACCAAACCUGGAGCCCUAUGUUCGAUCUGGUAAACGUGUUUGAGGUGUUCCUUCCGCAACUUCUUUUGUAUCCCAACCCAUCAGAUCCAUUAAAUGGAGAGGCUGCAGCUCUAAUGAUGCGUGACCGAACUGCUUAUGAACAAAGAGUUAAAGAAUACUGUGAAAAGUAUGCUAAGCCAGAAGAUGUGGGAGCUGCACCAGAAGAGAAAUCAAGUGAUGAGGAGGAGCUGAGUGAAGAUGACUAUGACUCCAGUGAUGAGGCAGUGGCAGGGCAGGCAGAUCCAUAGAGGUGCAUGGCCUUCUCUGUUUUAAGACACUGUAAUCUGUACAUGAUGUCUUAACUCUCUCUGUACCAAACCAAACUCACACAAAAAAGACAUAUUGGGGAGGAAAAAAAAAUCAUCCCGCAUCUUUAAUUAACUUCCUUCCACCCCCAUGUAAAUAAAUCUACUUUCAUGGCAAUCUAUCUUUUGUUGGUACUCCAA